AUGCUUAAAUUACGUCAGUUACAAAAGAAGAAGCAAGAAGAGCUUGCGCGUACGAAUUUAUUGAAAACAACAGACCUACUACCUGCCUCUAGAAUUAGAUUACAACGUGAUCUGGAAACGUUAGAUUUACCACCAUGUGUGGAAUUGCAAAUAAUAAAUCCAGUAAAUGGCAUGAAUGAACAUCCUCUAAUACAGCUUAAAAUAACACCGGAUGAAAAUAUGUAUAAAGAUGGCCAUUUCUUAUUCAAUAUUGAAUUUGGAGAUAAUUACCCAAUAGAGGCCCCAAAAGUUAAAUGUCUCAAUAAGAUAUACCACCCAAACAUAAAUGUAAGCGGAAAUAUUUGCCUUAAUAUAUUACGUGAAGACUGGUCUCCUGCUUUGGAUCUCCAAACAGUUGUAAUAGGUUUGUUAUUUUUAUUUCUCGAGCCCAACCCUAAGGACCCAUUAAAUAAAAUUGCGGCAGACCAAUUAAUUUCAAAUAAAGAACUUUUUAUUCAAAAGGUUAGAUCCGCAAUGAGUGGUGGAUAUGUAGAUAAUGAGAUAUUUGAUUAUGUGUUAUGA